UCUGUGAGUGCUGAGCAACCCCGGCAGUGAAAGGCAGGAAGGAGCCGAGGGAGGAGGAAGCAGCGGGGAGUGACGGCAACAGAGCGACUCCGACCGACUGAAAGGUCAAACGGGACUAAGCUCAUCGCAGCGGCGCGGUUCAUUCCUCCCAGCGCUCGCUCCGGCUCCUUUUUCUCUUCCAUGAGUGCAGCCAGUGUGCUCCGCUCCUUCAGUCCGUCAGCGAUGCCUGGCCCCGUGAUGCCCGACGUGGCCAUGAGGUUCUACAUCAGCCACUCGCCGCCUCCUCUGCGAGGCUUCCUCAGCUCCUACGAGGAGCUGCAGCGGGCCAAGAACCGGGUCAACCAGUCCAGCCGCGGCCACAAGCAGCCGCCGUACAAACCGCUGCGGCCGUGCCUCAGCGGCCGGCGCUGCCAGGGCUGGAGCAGCAGCGCCGGCAAGAAGCGGGUGGUGUUCGCCGACAUGAAGGGCAUGUCCCUCACCGCCAUCCACGUCUUCUCCAAGUUCGAUGACGAGUCCUACGAGGAGAAGCGCUGCGGCGGCGGCGCCGCCGAGGAGCUGCAGUUCGACAUGACGGACCUGGAGGCGGCCGCCAUGGACCUGAAGAUCAGCCCGGUGCGCAGCAUGGCGCUGGGCUUCAAGCAGCCCGCCGCCGACUACCUGGAUUUCCGGAACCGUCUGAUCCAGAACUCGGUCUGCUUGGAGAACUGUUCCCUGCAGGAGCGCUCGCUGACCGGCACCAUCAAAGUCCGGAACAUUGGGUUUGAGAAGUCGGUGCAGGUUCGCGCCACCUUUGACUCGUGGAGCAGCCACACGGACGUGGAGUGCACCUUCAUGAACAACGUCUACGGCUGCCAGGACACCGACACCUUCUCCUUCGUUCUGGAGCUGCCCGCCUUCAUAGCGCCGCACAACCGGGUCGAGUUCUGCAUAUGCUUCCAGGUCCAGGGCCAGAGCUUCUGGGACAAUAACGACGGUAAAAACUACGUUCUGAAGCACGUGGGCUGGAACGGACAGGACCUGGAGACUCAGACUCAGCACAAGAAGCCGGCAGAGCCCAGAAGCGGCGGCGUGAGGCUGCUGGAGCUGGAGGUGGACCAGUUCGGCAGCCCGCGCAUGUCCAGCGGACUCUUCCCCGGCUGGCAGAGCUGGGGUCACAUCGACACCGCGGUGCCGUACUGGUGAGAGCGGACCCGGCCGCAGCCGGAGGCUGACACCGGCGCCCUCUGUGUUUUCAGCAGAGGACGUCCACACCUGCACGUGCGGAACUGACCCACUUCAUGUGAGGGUCGGAGGGAUCUGCUGUGUUCAUGUGUGUUCACUGAGCACUGGACCUGAUUAGUCCUUCAUAUUGAAGGGAGCGUGUGAGCAGCCGUGCAGCCUUCCUCUCUCUCCACUGACUUGCACGUGUUCGAUGAGGACAAAGCUGCUAAUAAAAGAUGUGUUAGACGUGGAAAGACUGUGCACGUGACUGAUGGAAACACAACACGUUUAGAAGUUCUGUGCUUGUACGUGAUUUCACCCUCUUGUUUUUGUAAAGUGCAAUUGUGCGACGUGUGCAGAGUGUGUGAGGCUGGAAGUGAGACGAGAUCCAUGAUUUCACAAUGUGAAGUCCAGCGUUUAGCGUGUGUGUAGCUCAUGUCUUUUCUCUUCUGAAAUAAAUUUCUAUAUUUGUGCUAAAA